AACAUCCGAGUAGCCUCCGAGACCACAAACAUCUUCCAAUCAACCAAAAGCGAAAACGAGAGAAGGAGAAGAGUCGAAAUCGGAACAGUUCCUUCCGCCAUUGAAAUGGCUCUCAAAGCUUCACCAGUUGCCGGAUUAUUCCCUCCUCUCCGUCCUACUGCUUCUUCUUCUCCUUCGACUUCUAAUCGCCCUUGUUCCCUCAGGGUUCUACCCCUCAGACCAUCCUUCUUCGGUAACUCAAGUGGAGCUCUGAGAGUGAAUGUGCUUAGAUUAGCUUGUGCAAAUAGACUCAGGUGCAAUGGUCAUGGUGCUACAAUGAAUCUUUUUGAACGAUUUUCUAGAGUGGUCAAGUCAUAUGCCAAUGCGCUCAUAAGCUCUUUUGAAGACCCGGAGAAAAUACUUGAGCAAACUGUGAUUGAAAUGAAUAGUGAUUUGACAAAGAUGCGUCAAGCCACUGCACAGGUUUUAGCAUCACAAAAGCAGUUGCAGAACAAAUAUAAAGCUGCACAGCAGGCUUCUGAUGAUUGGUACAAAAGGGCACAACUUGCUCUUGCAAAAGGAGAUGAGGAUCUUGCACGUGAGGCCCUUAAACGACGAAAGUCUUUUGCUGACAACGCAAGUGCUCUGAAAACUCAACUAGAUCAGCAAAAAGGUGUUGUCGACAAUCUUGUUUCAAAUACAAGGCUCUUGGAGAGUAAGAUACAAGAGGCAAAAGCAAAGAAAGAUACGCUCCUUGCACGUGCUCGCACUGCUAAGACCGCAACCAAAGUGCAAGAGAUGAUAGGGACAGUAAAUACAAGCGGUGCUCUUUCAGCUUUUGAGAAAAUGGAGGAGAAAGUGAUGGCUAUGGAGUCUGAAGCAGAUGCACUAACUCAGAUUGGAACCGAUGAACUCGAGGGGAAGUUUCAAAUGCUUGAAACUUCAUCUGUGGAUGAUGAUCUUGCGAACUUGAAGAAAGAAUUGUCCGGAAGCUCAAAGAAAGGAGAGCUUCCUCCAGGGAGAAGCACCGUUGCAGCAAGCACGAGAUACCCUUUCAAAGACUCAGAGAUCGAGAAUGAGUUAAACGAACUGCGAAGGAAAGCUAACGACUUUUAGAUAUCGGCUGUUUCCGAGUUGUUACUGGGUUAGGUUCCUGCUGUAAACUAUCCUUGUGUCUUGUAGAAAGACACCAAAAGCAUGUGUGGGUACUCUUUAAGUAAAUAUCCAGCUAUCUAAUCCCCAUUUAUAGUUGGUUUAUGUACAUUCAGACACUUUUGAAAGUGUUGUUUCACACUUUGACUCACUUUGUGUCAAGUGGACACUUUUUAUAGGCUCUUUACCCUCA